AUGUUCCGCACAACAUCGCGGCGCAUCAGCGCCGCCGCCCCGCGACUCCUACAAGCACAGCGCCAAACCGCCACUCGAUCAAUAUGCAGCCAGAACACCCGGCCAACGUCACAACCAGGAUAUAACAAUGCGAGAGCACUUGGGAACGCACAUUUCCCUCGUGCACGACACCUCACCUAUGCCCAACGCCUGCGCAUGAAUUACCGCGAAGCCUCCAAAGGGAUCUUCCGCAAGAACCCUAUCAUGCUACCACUGGCCAUAUUAUCGGUCAUCGGUGGCAUCGGCAUGUUCGCUUAUAUUUCCUACGUGGAACUCACGCAGGUCCAACCGCAAUACCACAACUUUCCGCAGCCAGUAGCCGAGUCGCUCCGCUCCGCGAUCUACUACACCGAGAUCGACCUGAAUCCGAUUAAGGCGCUGAAUCAUUACAAGGAAGCUUUGCGGAGAGCUAUUGAUAUGGGCAUGCAUCCUUUCUCAGACGAGGUCAUGGGGAUUAAGCUGCAGGUCGCUCUGAUGUUGGAAAAGGCGGGCUUGGUGAAGGCAGCGAUUGAGGUGCUGGAGCGGACGAAGAACGAGACAAUGAAGUGGGUCGAGGAAGGGCGGGCUGUAGAGGCUGCAACCGAGAAGAAGAAGGAUGCGAAACCACCUUCUCCGGCAAAGGAUACCCCGGAGAAUGUUCACAUCAAAGAGGGGGCCCUCCAGGACACAGAGGAGGAAUUAAAGAAGUUGCAGGCAUUCGAGACCCGCCAGCGCGACAAAGCGCUCAAGAAGGUUGUCGGCAUGGAGAUGAAACUGGCAGAGCUGUACUCCAGUGAUCAUAUCCAGGAAGACAAGAAGGCUGAGGCUGCGCAGGUCGCUGCCGUGGAGCUGUGUUUGAAGGAGAUGCACCGCCGACAGAAGCUGGGUCUCCCCGUUGGCGGAGGUGCCGGUGAUGCGGACAGUGACGCUUGGUUGAAUAUGACCGAGAUCGCCACAGCGCUGGCGGAGCUCGCAUCCACCUACACCGCCAAGGACAGACACGAGCUCGCCAUGCCGUUGUAUUUGCGCGCACUGGAAAUGCUCCGCGUGGCGGAGGGUAACUCGCCAUCGUGCAAGCAGGUGACCCUUCUGAACGAUGUCGCCAGCGCUAUGGCUGGCCAGGUGCAACUGCCUGCUUCGCCUCGCUCCCAACAGCAGGCCAUCCCUCGGGAACAGACUGUCGAGGCUGCGCGGCUAUGGGCUCAAAAGUCCCUUGAUGUUGCGGCACGCAUUCAGCCCCCGGUCCGCGAUGAGGAGUGCGAUAUUACUUGCGUGGCGGCCACAUACAAUCUGGGCGAGCUUGCAGAGCUGCAGAAUAAGCCUGAUGUGGCUAAGCAGCGGUACACGGAGGCCAAGUCGCUCGCUAGUGGAUUGGGAUACGAGGACGGUGUUGCUAUGGCGGAUGCGGCGUUGAAGAGAUUUAGCAAGAAAUAG